UUUGCUAAUGAUGAUUAUCAAUUAUUCGCUGUAAGAGUUAGCUGGUUAAAGCUAUCGCUGUCUGUUUAAUCGGGAUCGUGUCGUGUCUUGUCCGUUAGUAACCCAGGAUCCAAACUUUGUCUCUGUGCUGAAAAGUGUGAGCAAAGACCAGCUGACCUGCAGUUCAAAAUCAUCUCAUGAUUUAACUGAACAUGGCAAGUGGGGAAUCUGUUUUGGACAGUCUAGAGGAGUUGGAUGACUUCUCAGAUCCUGGCAGUGACUAUGAGGCCACGAUGAAAGCCACAAAGCGGAGAAAACAGGCAGUGUCUGGACCUCAGCCACCCAAGAGACCCAGGCGUAAAGCUGCAUUGAAAGUGACGUCCAGCCCCAGUGAUAGCCCCAUCCCCACAUCUCCAGACCCCUCCCUGCUGCAGCUUCAGCACUCUCGAGGGACAUCCAGGCAGGCCUCUCUUAGACCUGUGAUGAGAGUGAACGAAGGGAACCAGGGCAUCAGUUCAGGGGACCUCUAUGAUGCUGUGUGCUCUGGAAAGAGCGCCAUGUUGACGGUGGUGGACGAGUGGCUGGACAGCUACAAGCGAAGCCGAGAGGCGGGGCUGCUGGUGCUCAUCAACUUCAUUGUUCAGUCCUGCGGAUGCAAAGGUGUGGUUAGCAGAGAGAUGUUUGACAGCAUGCAAAAUGCCGAGAUCAUCAGCACACUAACUAAAGAGUUCAAUGAGGAUUCUGUGGACUACCCUCUGUGCUCUCCAGGCCCCCAGCUGAAGCGUUUCAAAGCCGGCCUUUGCGAGUUUGCUCGGGUUCUGGUGCGCUCCUGUCAGAAUAGCCUCAUCUAUGACGAGUACCUCUUCCCCUCCCUGCUGGCCAUGCUCACCGGCCUGUCGGACUCGCAGGUCAGAGCCUUCAGACACACCAGUACCCUGCUUGCAAUGAAGUUGAUGACUGGGCUGGUGGAGGUAGCUGUGAUGGUAUCUGUUCAACUGCAGACCACCCAGCGGCGAUAUGACAUGGAGAACAGCAAGAGGGCGCAUGACAGAUCAGCUGACAGACUGGAGGAGCUGCAGGCCUCUAUCAGUGAGCUGCGAGAGAACAGAGAGGAGGUGUCCUCUGUGAUGAACGCCACCUUCCGUGGUGUGUUUGUGCACCGUUAUCGGGACCGACUGCCUGAGAUCCGGGCGGCUUGUAUUGAGGAGUUGGGCGUGUGGCUGAAAACAGACCCUGAAGACUUCCUGAAUGAUGGAUGUCUUAAAUACCUGGGAUGGACCCUGCAUGACAAGCAAAGUCCAGUGCGUCUGCAGUGUGUGCGUGCCCUGCAGGGUCUGUACCAGGAGAAUGAAUUCAUUGGCCGCUUGGAGCUUUUCACCAGCAGAUUUAAAGAGAGGAUACUCAGCAUGGUGCUGGACAAGGACUCAGACGUGGCAGUGGAAGUGGUCGAUCUGUUGCUGCUGAUCCAACAGAGGACAGAGGAAGGCCUGAGAGAAGAGGAAUGCGGCCACAUCUAUCCCCUGGUUUACGCUUCACACAGAGGCCUGGCAUCUGCAGCUGGCGUCUUCCUCUACAACAAGCUGAAAAGUGUGAUUGCCAGUGACAACCAGGAGAAUGAUAAAAGUGACAAUGUAGCCUUCUUUCAAAUCUUCAUCUCCUUCUACAUCCAGAGCGAGUUCCAUGAGCAUGGGGCCUACCUGGUGGAUAGUCUGUGGGGUGUGGCAGGAUCUGAGCUGAGAGACUGGGAGACUAUGACAGCAUUCCUACUCGAGGAUGCUGGUCUGAUGUAUGAGGAGGAGGGGGCUCUCAUAGAGCUGAUGAUCUGUGCCAUUAGACAGGCAGCACAGGCAACCCCACCUGUUGGGAGAACUCAGGGGAAGAAGAUCCUGAGUAUGAAGGAUAAGAAGGUCCAGGAACAAGACAGGAGACGUAUCACCGCACACUUCAUCCCCUUACUGCCACAGCUGUUGGCCAAGUACUCAGCAGAUGCAGGGAAGGUGAGCCUCCUUCUCAAAGCUCCUCUCUACUUUGACCUUGAGAUGUACAACAGCGCUCCGCAGCUGGAGAAGCAUCUGGACCUGCUGCUGUCUCAAACAUGUGGUAUUGUAGAGAAGCACACAGAGGUCACUGUGUUGGAGGCUUGCGCACACCUGGCCAGUGCCCUUUGCUCCGACCGCUACACCUUCUCCUCCCGCGCGCACCUGGCGUUCAGCCAGCUGGUUGACAGUCUGACUGAUUGCUUCAGCACCUACUUGAGUGACCUGCUGCAGGGUACUGCAGAUGAUGAUGACGUAUACAGUGCAGCCAUUGCCCUGAAAAGGAUUGCAGCCCUGAGCAGUGCCAAGGACCCGUCAGGCUGGAAGCUGUUCGACUCCUGUCUUGAGCUUCUGAAGAGCAGGAUGGAGUCCAGAGAGAUCCAUAAGGAGCUCAUGGUGUCGGCUCUGAAGUGUGCAGCCUUUCACCUGAUGUGGGCUAAAGUGAAUGCAGUCAACUCAACACCAGCCGAGGCGGAACUGAAGCAUCUGAAGAAGGAGAUGCGUUCAUUCUGCAGAGUCUGUCAAACCUGUCUGUCUUUGAACCAGGCUGAGAUCAGAGAUCAGGCAUUUGAGCUGCUCUGUGACCUGCUGCUCUUGUACAGUGUGAGCUCAGCCCGCUCUGAACCCGCCCUCCAUAUGCUGUUCCACCUGCCGUCCGAUUCCCUGCGCUCUGAGAUGGCUGCUUUCCUCGUAGACUACGUCUUCUCUGACACUACAGAUGCUGAGCUCGAUGGCUGUCUAGUUGAGGGUGAGGAGGAGAUGAAGAUAACUCUGCUCCAGAGGAAGCGCAACCAGCUGGCUGGCUACUGUAAGCUGGUCAUCUAUGGGGUGCUUGACCUCACCGCUGCCACAGACGUCUUCAAGCACUACAGCAAGUACUUUAAAGACUUUGGCGACAUCAUUAAAGAGACCGUAAGCAAGAGCAAGCUCAUCAGUCCCGUACAGAGCGCCAAGACUGUCUGUCUGAGUCUGCAACAGCUGUUCUCAGAGAUGCUUACGGAGGACCACAGCAGGCAGGAUCUCGGUGAGAUUAGAGACUUAGCCAAGAGGCUUGCCAUGAGCUUUGGCAUUGAUCUUCAUCGUGUCCGCAAACCACUGGUGGCCCUGCACACGGACGGUGUACGUUUUGCAUUUCGGGACCCAACAGAGGGAGAAGAGCAGCACCCGAAUGUGGCCUUUUUGGAGAUCCUCAGCGAGUUCAGUUUUAAGCUGCUGCAACAGGACCGCGCCCAGCUGGCUGAGUUUCUGAAAUCAGAGUGUCCCAGUGCUGCCCUCUCCUGGCAGUCAGUCAGACUUUACCAGCGUUCACUGGAGGUCCGCUCUUCUAAACCCAAAGAGCGAGAGGAGGGAGGUGAUGCUGUCUCCUCACACGAGACGCCUGUAGCUAAACGCAAGAGGACCCCUGCUCAGGGUUCAGAGUCCAGCCCAGUCAGAGGAUCCUGGUUGGACAGCAGCAGUAUCCAAAGCAGCCUGCACACCCCAGCCCUCACCUCCACAGUCCUGAGACAGCCAGCCAAGCAGCUGACGUCCAGGAAACCCACAGCCACAGAGUCUGAUAUCGGCAGUAACUUAACAGAGCCGGAGUCUGCAGAUGAGUUCUCCUCAGGGUCCCAAAUGCGAAAGGUGAAGCCCACCAAACGACGCCAGAUCUCCUCCAGCCAGACUGACCCCACUUUGGAUCAGGAAAACUUGAACUCCCACCUCACCUUACUAUCUCUGAUAGAGGACGACAAUGAAGGAGGAGAAGAUCCUGAGAUUGAGGAUUAUGAAAGUGACUCUGAACAUGAUUCUGCAUAUACACUGCCUUCGACACGUCACACCUCAGCCAGUAUCCUUGAUGAGCUCUUUGAGUGAGGGCAGAGAGACUUUGACGCUGUGGGAACAACCGUUCUUUGAUUAAUAUAUAUCUUCAAACGACUGUGUUUUCAGUCAGUUCAGUUACAUUUGAAUGUAAUAAGUAUAAGGGCCAUCUGUUCUUCUAAAUUACCCCUUUCUGAGUUCAUCUAUCAAAUGUAUUAAUCUAUAUUAAUAUUGUUGGAGGAGAAGACAAAAGGAAAAUAAUGAUUAUGAAGACUUGGGACAAAAGUUGUGGAUAAUCACUGUUAGAAAUGUUUGUUUUGAAUACAGACGUGUCAGAUGUUCAGAUAAAAUGUUGUGUUGCAGUUAAUUUAGAUCCCUGUAGGCUGGUAGCAAGAUGAAGUCUCUCCUCCCGUGUUUCAAAUUUUGAAUUUAGUUUGGUAAUAUCUUGCGCUGUUGUUGAUGGCACCUUUUUUUUGAACACUUGUUAACUUAAUUUCUAUUAAAAGAUUAUUAAUUGAGUAAC